UCAAUGGUCGGAGAUGCUCUCACAUCACCCUCCUUAUAUUAUUAUUAAUUUGCUGUCCUUGCUCUCUUGACACUUGUAUCAACUUCUUGGUUUCUUGCUUCAGUCUCAUUGGCCUUGAUUAACCCUGUUGCAGCUGUCCACAAAUAAUUUUCGUUUUUGGGUUAUUACACACCAAGUUGAGAUGUUCUUGGACUGAUUCAACAUUUCUUUUGAGAGAUUAUCAUGGGGAGAUUUGUUGUUGGGGUUUUGCUGCCUUUGCUUCUUUUAACAGCUGCAUUACUCAAUUGGAGCUUAAUCUCUCUGGUUGAUUUGGCAGCUUCUCUUUUUAUUCUAUACAAGGCACCAAAACAAGGUGAGCUCUACUGAUUGUCUUUUAAUAUGAUUCGAUGGUGAACAAUUAGCUGCUAUACAUAAGUUGAAAUAAUGGUCUCCAUUGUCAUCCGAUAUGAUAUUACAGUGUACAGAUACAUGUUUGCGCAAUUGAACCAGGUAUGAAAGGGCUAGACCACAGUUUAGCAGCUAUUAAUCUGUUAUUACUGACUUGGUUAUUAAUUUAUACAGGGUGGAUGUUUGUGUUUAGUCAGUAUCACUAAUUACCAUAUAUUGCACUUGCCAUGAUCAAUUUGGCUAUAGGGGCAAAUAUCGUUGUUAGAUUGUUUACAUGUUGAGUUUGUUAUCAGUUUGGGGUUAAAUCUCUGUACAGCCAACUCAUGUCGAUUUUGAAAAACUCAUUACCAGUUUAUAGUGCAAAUUACUAUACUUAGAGUAUGCUGUACGUUUGCCCUUGCAUACUUGGAUAUAUACUAUCUUGACAUUAUAAUGUGGUCGGUGUAGCUGUGGUAUGACUCAUCUGUACUCUUUUUUUCUGGUAAGGUAUGUGUAAUUGAAUUGGCGGAGUGUGUAAUUAAACCCAUGGCCUUUGUCAUGGGAGAGGAUUGCUUUUUACGACUGCACAGGCAGAUUCUUUUGUUGUCUUUGCCCUUCUGUACCUGAAUACAUAUGAUAUUGGUAUUAUACUGUGUAGUUGUAGCUUGGGCAUAUUUUGUCUUCAUUUUUUUUCAUAUUUAAAACUGCGCCAUCAGAUUAUUUUCCUGCUGUGCAUAUUAUAUAAUUAAUAUAUUUUCUCUGUUUUCAGGGUUCCGUUUCAAAGGACUUCUGUUAUUGUGGUCAAUUAUAAAUUUUUCUCUUCUUUUUAUUCUUUCUCAAGUGACACUGCUUAUAGCAUGUGAUUUUAAGGGUGAUGAAUGUGGAAUAGCAGAUUCUUGGUGGGGAAAAUUAGUUGGGUUCAUGAAUAUGGUAUGUUUUUCAGGCUCCAGUCCUCAGUAAUUUAUUACUUGGUUCUACAAGUAUUUGUGGUCUUCACUGCGUUGAUUGAAGUCCACAGAAACAAGUAUGGUUUUGCUCUAUCAGAAGGUUCUUGGUCGGCUCGUCUCUCAUCGAUUUUUGAGCGUCUAGGUUAUCAUGUCAGGAUUGGUUUCUGUUUGCUAGUACCUGCGAUUCAGUUGGUUGUGGGAAUAAGCAAGCCUUCAUGGGUUUCUUUGCCAUUUUUCAUUUGUAGCUGUGUUGGUCUUGUUGAUUGGUCCUUAUCAAGCAAUUUUCUUGGUCUUUUUAGGUGGUGGAAGCAGCUUUGGAUAUAUGCAGGCAUCAACAUUGUCCUACUAUAUGUCUAUCAGCUCCCAAUAGGGUUCCCGAGAAUGUUCCAUGUCCUAGCUGAAUUUGUUGGACUUUACAAGAUAUCUGCUAAUUCUGAGGGGCUGGAAGUUCUUUCUGGAGUGUCCAUGAUGGUAUUGUAUUUCAUGCUAUCGUGUGUCAAAUCUGAUUUGGAGGACAUGGAUUGUAUUAUGUCCAGUGAAGAAGGCAACUUGAAAGAACAUCUUCUUCCCUCGAAGCAGUCUUUCUUUAUUCGCGAAUCAAGGUCUGGUGCGAGGCAUGCCAAUGUGAUGAUACGAGGUGCAGUUUUUAGGACUUUCAGUAUCAACUUUUUCACGUAUGGUUUCCCGGUCUCUUUGUUUGCUUUAUCAUAUUGGAGUUUCUUCUUUGCAAGCAUAUGUGCAUUUGGAUUACUUGCUUACGUCGGCUAUGUAAUAUUUGUUUUCCCAUCGCCGUUCCGUCAGCAUCGGUUGAAUGGGCUGAUACUUGUCUUCAUUCUCUGUUGGGCUGUCAGUACUUAUAUCUUUAAUGUGGCAUAUACAUUUCUAGACGGGAAGCUUGGGAAGGAUAUGGAGAUCUGGGAGAUGGUGGGGUUGUGGCAUUACUCAAUACCAGGACUUUUUUUACUUGCUCAAUUUUGUCUCGGAAUUCUGGUUGCUCUUACCAAUCUUGUCAACAACUCAGUUUUACUAUACAUGUCUGACGAGGUCAUGCAAUCCUCAUGUGACAAUUCUACUGAUGAAGUGAGUGAGAAGACAGAAGUAUUGAUUGUGGCUACAAUUGCCUGGGGACUCCGCAAAUGUUCUCGAGCUAUCAUGCUGGUUCUUAUAUUUCUCAUUGCAGUGAAACCUGGUUUCAUCCAUGCUAUAUAUAUGGUAUUUUUUUUCAAGUAUCUCAUGAGUCACAGUAUCAGCAGAGGCCUACGGCAAGCCCUGAUUCUUGUUUGUGAGGUUCAUUUCGCAGUGUUGUACACUCUUCAAAUUAAUCUGGUCUCUAAAAGUUUGGUGACCCCAGGCUCACUGAGUAUGGAAAUUCUGUCUCAAUUAGGUCUCAUUGACUACGACAGCUCCUGGGAUUUCGUGAAAAUAGCUGUGCUUGCAUGCUUUUGUGCCAUUCACAAUCAUGGUUUUGAAAUGUUGCUUUCUUUUUCAGCCUUUGUACAGAAUACACCCUGUCGCCCGGUAGGAUAUACUAUUCUUAAAGCUGGUCUGAACAAGUCAGUUUUGUUGUCAAUUUUCUCCUCUCGUGCCACCAGAGGCAUCCAUGUCAAUCCUUCCAAUGGUGUUAAUGGGAGAAAAAUAACCACAUUCCUCGGUGCUAUUAGCCAGAAAAUACUAAGCUUGUAUCGGUCGCUUGGAACAUACAUUGCAUUCACGACUAUUUUUGUUGCAGUGUGCUUGGUAUGUCCUAAUUAUGUAUCGUUCGGAUACCUUUUUCUUCUCCUUAUAUGGAUUACUGGAAGACAACUUGCUGAGAAAACAAAACGACGCCUUUGGUUUCCACUCAGAGCAUAUACAAUUAUGGUAUUUGUUUUUGUGUAUAUUUUGAGCAUCUUUCCUAGUAUCGAGACAUGGCUUUCUGGGAAGUUGAAUCUUUAUUCAAAUUUCGGCUAUAGCCCCAAAGCUCCGUCAUUAAAGAACUUGUGGCAAUCUCUAGCAAUUAUAGUUGUGAUGCAACUUUAUUGCUACGAGAGGAGGCAAAGCAAGUUUAUAAUAAAAGAAGAUCUAGUUCGAGUGCAACUUGGAGCGCUUGGGUUUAUCAGAAGGCUUCUAAUCUGGCACAGCCAAAAGUUACUGUCAGCUGCUUUGUUCUAUGCAUCACUGUGUCCAAUUAGUGCAUGUGGUUUCCUGUAUCUUCUAGGCCUUGUCAUCUGCUCAAAUCUACUUAAAGCUUCCCGGAUACCAUCAAAAUUAUUCAUAGUUUACACAGGAAUUUUGGUGAUAGCUGAAUACUUAUUUCAGAUGUGGGGCAAACAUGCUGAGAUGUUUCCUAAUCAAAAACAUUACAGUUUAUCUUUGGUUCUUGGUAUUCAGGUGUAUGACCCUGGCUUUUGGGGUAUGGUAGCAGGCUUGAGAGGGAAAGUUCUGGUGAUUGCUGCAUGUAGCCUUCAGUACAAUGUCUUUAAUUGGUUGGAGCAGAUUCCUAAAUCUCCCUUAGACGAUGAUAGAUGGGCAGAACCUUGUCCAUUAUUUGUUCCACCUGAAAAUGUGUUGCCAGUUGUUUCAAGUUCUAAUGGUGAUCAGGACCCAACUUUUGUUUCAAGUCAUGAAGAGAUAAAUAGUUUGACAAGCAAUUCAUGGUCAUCAUAUAACUCAGGAAAAAAGCAAUCAUCUCAUGAUGUUUCCUGCAGUGGAAGUGGGUCUGAAAGUAAUAGAUUUAAAAAAUAUUCAUUUGGAUAUAUCUGGGGAAGCAUUAAGGAGGGUCACACGUGGGACAAGAUGCGAAUUAUUGCUUUGAAAAAGGAGAGGUUUGAUAUACAGACGACAACCUUGAAAACAUAUAUAAUGUUUUGGAUAGAAAAUAUGUUCAAUCUUUUUGGCCUGGAGAUUAAUAUGAUCACAUUGCUUCUGGCAAGCUUUCUUCUGCUAAAUGCUGUUUCUAUACUGUAUGUUGCAUCUCUUUCUGCUUGUGUUCUCUUGGGCCGGCAGAUCAUUCGUAAAAUGUGGUCAAUAUUUGUCUUCUUGUUUGCUUCCAUCCUUUUGCUUGAAUACUUCGCAAUUUGGAACCAUGUUAUGACAAGAACUCCACAAGACUCAAAUGGGGCUAAUCUGCAUUGCCAUGAUUGCUGGAGAUUCUCAGAUACAUAUUUCUAUUACUGCUCAAAAUGUUGGCUGGGACUUGUAGUUGAUGAUUAUCGCAUUUUGAUCAGCUACUAUGUUGUCUUCAUGGUUGCAUGUUUCAAACUUCGAGCUGAUCAGUUCUCCAGGUUUUCAGGAUCAUUUACAUAUCGAAAAAUGAUCUCUCAGCGCAAAAAUGCUUUUGUUUGGAGUGAUCUUUCUUUUGAAACUAAAAGCAUGUGGACUAUUAUUGAUUAUCUAAGGCUUUACUGCUAUUGUCAUCUGUUGGAUCUUGUGCUUGCUUUGAUACUGGUCACUGGAACACUUGAGUAUGACAUUUUGCAUCUUGGUUAUCUUGCUUUCGCUGUAAUUUUCUUUCGCAUGAGACUUACAAUACUUAAGAAAAAGAACAAGAUCUUUAAAUUUCUGCGCAUAUACAACUUCAUUAUAGUUGUGUUAUCACUUGUGUAUCAAUCUCCCUUUUUGGGUGAUUACAAUGCUGGUAGAUGUGAAACAAGGGAUUACGUUUAUGAGGUGAUUGGAUUUUACAAGUAUGAUUAUGGGUUUCGUAUAACUUCAAGAUCUGCUGUGGUUGAGAUUUCCGUUUUUGUUCUGGUAUCCUUGCAGUCAUAUAUGUUCUCCUCCCCAGAAUUUGAUCAUGUGUUUCGAUAUCUUGAAACUGAACAAAUUGGUGCUGUGGUACGUGAGCAAGAAAAGAAAGCUGCAUGGAAGACUGCACAACUACAACAUAUUCGUGAAAAUGAAGAAAAGAAACGCCAGCGAAACUUGCAAGUGGAGAAGAUGAAAUCUGAGAUGCUCAACCUACAAAGCCAGCUUUACAGUAUGAACUCUGCUGCUGUUUGUGAUGACGUAUUGAAUGGCAGUGAAGGCUUGAGAAGGAGGACUACAUUGAGGAGUGAUAAGGAUUCCAAAAGCCUUGAUUUUGAAGGACGCAUGAUGAAACAAGAAAUAAAUGCAUAUGAAGGCGUAAUGUCCCCUGAUGAACCACAAGAAACUCUAAAAAACUUAGAAUCUGAAAGUUCACACUCAAAGGCCUUCACUAAGCGACUGAUGGGAAUGCCUGAUAAUGAAAUUACUGAACUCAUAGAGGACAGUAGAGAUAAAGAAUUUAUUGAUUCAGGUGAAGAAAAUAAAAUAAGACUUCAAGGGAAGGAAAAUGCAUUACAUUCCUCUGUAGAAUUGAUAGGUGAUGGUGUUUCUGAAGUACAAUCCAUUGAAAGUCAGGCUGUUAACAAUUUUUUGAACUUCUUCAACACUCAUGAGAAGGGCUCUAAUAAUGGGUCUUUCUCUGCUCAAGAUGGAGAGGAUAAAGAUACAGACAUCCUAAAUAUGAAUUAUGUGCAGUCGGACAAGAGAAGAGCUGUCUUUGAUACAGCAAAGCUACAGAUAGAAAGAAUUUUCAGUCAUAUAUGGUCCCAGAUGCGUUCAAAUAAUGAUGUUGUAUGUUAUUGUUGCUUUCUUCUCGCCUUCCUUUGGAAUUUCAGCAUUCUUUCGAUGGUAUAUCUCGCUGCACUCUUCUUGUAUGCUCUAUGUAUAAAUACUGGGCCAAGUUACAUCUUCUGGGUCAUUAUGCUAAUAUACACAGAAAUUUAUAUAAUGGUGCAGUAUCUGUAUCAGAUCAUCAUCCAACACUGUGGUUACAAUAUCCAGUCAACCAUUCUUCAGGUGGUUGGGUUUCCUAAGAAACCAAUGACAUCGUUAUUUGUCAUAAGUUUAUUCCCUCUUUUUCUAGUCUACUUAUCUACCCUUCUGCAAAGCUUUAUAACAGCCAAAGAUAGUGGCUGGAUGUCCUGGACUGAAUUCAGUACCUUAAAGGAGAGUGAAGAAUAUCAGAACGAUUAUGGUCUUAGUUCUAGCUGGUGUAGAAGGCUGUGUAAGAUGCUUCAACCUACUAUUGUCAUGGUAAAAAUUUUAAUAAAAAAGUGUUACAGAUACCUAAAAUCUCUGACACGAGAAACUGAAUCUCCUCCAUACUUGGUACAAUUGUCUGUGGAUGUGCACCUGUGGCCAGAGGAUAUGAUCCAACCAGAAAGAAUAGAAUCUGGAAUAAAUCAACUUCUGAGGGUUGUGCAUGAUGAAAGAUGCGAGGAAGAUAACUCAAUAGCCUGCCCUUGUGCUAGCAGGGUUCAAGUUCAAAGCAUUAAAAAAAGUGAAGACGACCCAAAUGUUGCUUUAGCUGUUUUUGAGGUGGUGUAUGCCAACUCAUCAAGAGAAUGUGAGCCAACUGAAAGAUACAAGUCACUAACUCCAGCUGCUGAUGUUGCAAAAGAAAUUCUUAUAGCACAACAAACUGGAGUACCAGAACAUAUUGGCUUUCCGUACUCUAUACUUUCUGUUAUUGGGGGAGGCAAAAGAGAAAUCGACCUUUACGCCUACAUAUUCGGUGCAGAUUUGUCCGUGUUUUUUUUGGUUGCCAUCUUUUACCAGUCUGUUUUCAAAAAUCAAAAGGAAAUCUUAGAUGUUAAUCAGCUCGAAGAUCAAUUUCCAAAGGAGUUUGUAUUCAUGUUAAUGAUGAUAUUCUUCUUGAUAGUACUAGAUCGCAUCAUAUACUUGUGUUCAUUCGCCAUAGGGAAAGUGAUCUUCUACCUUUUCAACCUCAUUCUCUUCACAUAUUCAGUUACCGAGUAUGCUUGGCAGAUGCAGCUAUCUCAGGAAAGUUCUACAGGUUUGGCACUUCGUGCUAUAUAUUUGACAAAGGCAGUUUCUCUGGCACUGCAAGCCAUUCAAAUUCGAUAUGGAAUUCCUCACAAAAGCACCCUUUACCAACAGUUUCUAACUAGCAAAGUAUCUCGAGUCAACUACUUGGGAUACAGGGUCUAUCGUGCUCUACCAUUUCUUUAUGAACUAAGAUGUGUGCUUGACUGGUCAUGCACAACCACAUCGCUGACAAUGUACGACUGGCUAAAGCUAGAGGACAUAAAUGCGAGCUUGUACCUUGUCAAAUGUGAUGCAGUUCUGAAUAGAUCCAGGCACAAACAAGGAGAGAAGCAGACAAAGAUGACCAAAUUUUGCAAUGGGAUAUGCUUGUUCUUCAUAUUAAUUUUUGUCAUUUGGACUCCCAUACUGAUGUACAGCAGUGGUAACCCAACAAAUAUCGCAAAUCCUAUCAAUGAUGCGACUGUACAGUUUGAUAUUAAAACGGAUGCAGGAAGAUUGACUUUGUACCAGACAUCUCUAUGCGAAAGAAAUCCAUGGAAUAAGCUCAAUGACAUAUCUUAUCUUGACUCUAAUGGUUACCUGGAUGAAUAUAAUGGCAAUGAUAUUCAAUUGAUAUGUUGUCAAGCUGAUGCAAGUUCCUUCUGGCUUGUUCCCGAUGUAGUUCAGAAUAACUAUAUUCUAUCUCUAUACAGCAACAUGGAAAUUAGAUUCUCAUGGGUACUUACCAGGGAUAGACCAAAGGGCAAGGAACUUGUGAAGUACGAGAAAAAUAUUGACCCCAUCGAUCUUCCAAAAGCAUCGGAAAUUGAGAAAGUUCUCAAUGGUUCCGUUGACAGCUUCAGGACGAAAAAUCUGUAUCCAAGAUACUUUCGUGUCACUGGUUCUGGUGACAUCAGAUCUUUGGAGCAAAAGCAGGUGGAUGAUGUGAGUGGAGAUCUUGUUCUAAAUCGUGGAAAUUCUGAGUUUUGGUCAUUCCAUGAUGUUCAUUCUUCAGAUCUAAAAAUCUGCGGAGACUUGACCGGACCGAUGGCCAUCAUUAUAUCAGAGGAAACUCCACAGGGAUUUCUUGGUGAAACUCUCAGCAAAUUUAGCAUAUGGGGUCUCUACAUCACAUUUGUGCUAGCAGUUGGCCGGUUUAUUAGACUUCAAUGCUCUGACCUCCGAAUGAGAAUUCCGUUCGAAAACCUUCCAUCCUGUGACAGGUUGAUUGCCUUUUGUGAGGAUAUAUAUGCAGCAAGAGCAGAGGGGGAGCUGGGAGUCGAGGAGGUUCUAUAUUGGACCGUGGUAAAGAUCUACAGGUCGCCUCACAUGUUGCUCGAAUAUACCAAGCCUGAUUAAGUUCCAGCAACUGAGUGUCGUCCACAGGUCAGUCAGUCGAGUCUGACAUAACUAACAUACAAUUGAAGAAUGCAGCACUACUACUUUAACUUGUUCCUUUCCUGGGUGGUGCUGUGCACCACGCAUCUCAUCCUCUGCACUUACAACAUCAAGAUAACUUGCUGUUUGCUAGAGUCUUUCUGUAGUUCUGUGCACUGUACAAUAUUUCCUUGUCACUAGUGUAGACUUCAAUAGCUACCUAUUUGUUUAUUUUAUUACAAUAUUCAGAACCGCCUAAGAGAGUAAGAGGUAGCAGUUGCUAACCUUAUGAAAUUGCUCACGUUCUUCUUGAGAAGAUGGAAUGGUUCUCUACAUAAGAACUAGUUUUAAUUAA